GGGUCUCAAAGAGAAAAUUGAAAUAAGAGAGAUUUGAAGUCCUGUGAUUAAGGACUUGACAAGGUUAGUAAGGACCAAGACGGGGAACGCAUUUCCGAUCGCGAAACUUGGCAGCCUUUGUCAGUGCAUUUCCUCAACACCGAAACUGUGCUCAAAGCAGACCUUGACUCUGCACCAAUAACAGCUGAUGCCGAGAUGUAUUUGAAUGAAGAGAUUCAGCUGUACAGUUCAGAUACCUAAUGUAAUAAACACUAGUAUUGGAGCAGGCAGGCAAGAGCUGGAAACCAGCGGCACCUUAGCUUUCCAGCAAGGCUGACUGGUCAUGCCUCUUCGGGACUGUUCUGUAACAUUUACCCCGCGGGUCUCAGACUCAGCAGAAUCCUCUGGGCUCUGUUUCACUGGGGCACUCUGUUACAGAGCGGGUCUAAUCAUUCACCGAAACGCAGAACUGCGAUAUCACGGCCAUGAUUUGACAGGUUUUAAAAGGUACUAUCUUUACUGGCGUAAAUGUUUUGAAGGUUUGACAGUAAGACACCUCGAGAAACCUUAAUUGUGGAAACAGCUAAUCAAUUACAUUUAUUGUUCAGUUUGACCAACUAUGUUGGAACAUAAACCCGAAGAUACCAAGACCGUCUAGGAAUCGAAACUGCUUUACAAUAAGGUUCCCUCAUUUUUCAUUCUUUUUUUUUUGUAAGAUCCCAGUCGGUUUUUGAUCACUGUCACUUAGAGCUUUGUCACAGCAUAGAGGCAAAACAUUGCUGGAACAGAGAUCUCUUGCCUUUAUCCUGGAGAGCUCUUUGGUCUCCUGGGUUUUCAACCGAGCUCUUAAUGACAGAAAACCACAUUUUCUACCCAAUCAGACAAGAACAUGGUUAAAAUACCGUAGGUGUGGUUCCCCAUUAUCACUUGUAACAGAAACGCAGUGCAAUCUUCGGUUAUAUACAGACCUCAGCUGAGAACGUACUGUAUUGUGUCUUGGUUUUCUAUUACUGCCCCUGCUGUGACUACAGAUGAAUACAACAGUGUGAGAGUGAAUUACACACAAGUUCAGUGGUCCCACUCAACAGCCACCAACUCCGCCACUCUUAUAAUGACAGAGAGGUUAUGGGCUACGCUGUGAGACCCAGACCCAUCUGCCGGCUGAGGUCUUAUUCGGGGAACCUUGCGGAAAACACCGAAGCCCGUCGGCCAUCUUGGUUUCGGGAUGUUUUCCGACCUGGCAGGCUAGUCAUCUGUUCGUGUGAGAGCGGAGCAAUGCCCCACUCCCGGAGUCACACUUUCAACGACGCGCUACCCGCUGUGAGGAAGAGCUGACGAGGCCGAGAAAAAAAAAAUGUGGAUGUUUUAAGAAAUUCAGCUCACCGACGAGGACGGUGAAACCUACCGCCCUCCGGCUUUUCGCUCUGACUGAGGGGCGACGGCUCAGCUCGGGUGCUGCCCCCAGUUGGAAUGCUGGCCGCCAUCUUUGUUUGGGGCAGAGAGAGCACUGCGCGUAAAGACAUGCCGAAGAGUUGCUCUGCUUACAACUGUACCAACAGGUACAGCAGCAAGAACCCGGAUCUCACCUUCCACAGGUUUCCCUUCAGUAAACCCCACGUGCUGAAGGAGUGGCUGGACAACAUCGCCCGAGACGACUUCCAGCCCAAGAGGCACAUGGUCAUCUGCUCGCAGCACUUCACGCCCGACUGCUUCAGUAGCUUCAGCAACCGCAAGAACCUCCUGUGGAACGCCGUGCCCACCCUCUUCUCCUUCCCGCCCACCGGCUCCAAGAGGAAGAAAUCUCGGAAGAAGCUGAAGACCGAGAGGGUGGCCGCAGCCUCUAAGUGGGAGGAGCUAUGGCUGGAAGAGGUGGGACCACAGCAGGAAGAGGUGGAGUUAGACUGCAGAGGAGAGAGGGAGGAGCCAGUAACCACGGAGACUGCCGAAAGCCUAGCUGACCGAAGCCCAGAAUCCACUCCACAGGAGCCCUGGCCGCCGGACCACAGCUACGCCCUGGCCGAGCCCGGCGAGGUGAAAACGCGCCUCUUCAGCGCGCUGGAGGCCAACGAGCGCCUGCGCGGGAGGUUAAAGGUCAAGUGCAGGCGGCUGCGUCAGACGAGCGCGCGGCUGCGGGCGGCACGGAGGCAGCUGGGGCGCCUGCGGACUCGGCUCGGCCGGGCCCGGGCAGAACCGGGGCACCCCCCGCCCACAGAGCCCCGGGACCCCGCGGAGCAGCCACGAGCGAGCUCUGGCCAGCCCCCGGAGAGCCCAGAGGCGGCAAACUGUCGAGAAGGGGAUGGGAGCAGACGCCCUGUGGGAGACUGCCUGAACCUGGACUAAGAGUGCCUGUUCCGUUUUCUAGAAAACAUGAUUUUUAUUUAUUAUCUUGUUUUGGCCUCAAGUUGAGCGAUCAAGAUGCUGAGUAGGGAGAACCUGAGAUUAGACUCCUGAAGUAGGUCCAUCACAAGAAUGGAUUCUCCUUCCUGGGGUGGUCUGUCACUCUGUUCAGAGAUCAGCCUUGGGGCUGAGAGACGGAAAUUGUAUCCAGCCAGCAAAGAAUGCUCCAUGAGCGGGUCUCGACUCUUAAGGUGCUAUCAGGUACUGUUCCCCUGGGUCAAAGCAGCGUGCUCUGAAUUCAAGGAGGCAUCAGAGUGUUAUUUAAACUGAGCUUGAGAAGCAAACGUGCAGAGAGCACCCAGUGUACUACCAUAUAGACCAUCACACCUGUAUAAAAUAAGAACCUUCCCAUCAUUCUUUGUCCUUGUAGCCUAAUUGAUCUUACUGGUUCAUGAAGGAUCCCAGAUUCAUAGUGGUGUCUCACCAGGCAGUGCCAGACAUCUCAUUGCAGUCAUCUCAAUCCGUGGCCCUGUCUGAAGCACCGUAAUGCCAGUGCGCUGUGCUGCGUAAUCUUCAGGAAGGUUUCAGGAAGCUGGAGCUAUGGAGUCUUUUAACACCCGGAACAUCCUGUCUAAAACAGGAUUGUUUGUGGCUCCUACCCACCCAAUGAUGGGUAGCUAGUAGUCUAAACGAACAGGUUAUGGGUCAGUUCUGUUUUUUCAAAACCUUCUUCAGACAAUUCCAUGGAUGUAAAAAAGGAAUUGGAUUGACCUCAAAUAUGAGAAAGGAGGACAUUUCAGGAAGGAGAACUGGAAUGCUGCUGUGUACGUUGCCUAUUUGUAAGACCGGCCUGACUGAUUAGUGUAACUGCCAUGCCCUUGCAACGAAGUGAAAUAAUUAAUUCAUGAUUAAUUGAUAUUCAUCGGUUUUGCUUAUGGUAAUUAGAAUUUGCUUAAAACCAAAUUAUUUGUUCUAAGACCUGAAGCAAUAUAUUCAAUAACUUGGUAACAUUUACCAAUAAAAGAGUAAUUUAUUAAAGGAACAAAUGCAGAUGC